GACGAGCUCUGUCUGCUUUGCAGCCAUAGAAUUGUGAUUUCUUGAUCAACAGUGUGUACAGUACAGGACGCACACCACCUCCGUCAUCAUGCUUGGGGGCGACAAGCACUGUUACGACGAUGGCGCAGACGAGCACGACACAGCCUCCGAGGACGAAGUGAGCGAAGCCAAGAUCAGCUUUCCCCUGGGCUACAUCGGCAUAUAUAUGGAGAUCAGCCAAUCCGGAAACCGGGAUGUGCUGCAUGCAAGCGCUGCCAUAAACCUGCAAGAGGAUUUUUGUGCGGGGAUAAGGUGUCUGCGCGACGUCUAUCAUACGCCAGAGCACAAGGUCAAUGUGAGAAACUUUUUGAGGAAUCUGGGACGGGAAUCUACGAAGAAAGCAUUCGAAGACUAUCUGAAGACAUUGAAAAUUCGCAAGGCCGUCGCAGACGUGGUUUUGGAAGAUUUCUGCGAGGUGUCAGCGGACGAGAGACAGCGGCGCAACAAACGGCGAAGGCUGCAAGGAAAUGAAGCAAGACCGGAGAGAGACGGUGUACCUGGGCUGGAGGCCGUACCCGACGAUGAAGCAGUGGACGCUUCUUUCAUUGAUGGUGUACCCGGGCUAGAGGCCGUUUUCAAAGGGAAAGAUGAAGCAAUGGACGAUGAUCUUGUUCUGGAAGAAGUUAACAUAUCUCAACUGUAUCGUCGUCUGAUGCGUGAUAUCGUUCUCGAUCAGCAGCGACCAGCCAUGCGUCGUUCUUUCAGACCAAACGAUGCCUUGAUGGCCGUGGCCUUGAAGCGUGGCCUGUUGGUUUCACGUCACCUCCCCACGGCUUAUGAGCGCUACAUCACGCGGGAACAAUGGGAAGAAGUAUAUCAGCAUCUCGCAGGGGCGGACGCAUUUUGGCACAAAGGAGUGACAGUGCCGCCUUCAUCGGCUUUGGUGUCAGCUCUUCAGGAUAUUGAACUCUCAAUUCUGGACCAGGACUGCGGCUUUUUUACGUUUGAUGACAAAUCUGGUCUCCAAGCAUUGGACUACGAAGAGCAGCAUAUGAUACGUUCCAUCUUCCCUCAUCUUUCAAUGGACCCGCCGACGCCACAAAGUGAACCAUCGUACACUGCAAAGUAUAUUGUGCCACAUUUCAACCGCCUGAAGCAGCCUCGAUGGGAUAUUCGGUUUGACUCAACCAUGGUGGAUCGCCAGAGACCCGACAUCGCUAUCACAGCUCUGGGCAGACCCAUUCUCCUCGGAGAACUGAAAACGCCACAUGCACAGCCAGGAAAACGUGACCUGCAGCUCGCCGACGGCCUUUGUCGUGCGUUGACACAUCUGAAAGAUGAUGCCAAAGAGUUCGAUUGGAACGGCACGCUACCCACUCUUUACACCAUGAUUUCUCCCGAUGGUCUUUAUUUUCAGCUCUUCAAAGUCAUUUUGCAUUCAAACCUCACAUUUUACGUGUCACUCGGCAAGAUCCCCGUUGUCACUUCGGCGGAGAAUCUGUGGUUUUUGAGCCGGUGCUUUUAGGGGUUCUCUCAUUUGAAGACCAUCCUGAAAGAGCACGUCAACAAAAUCAAGGACCACCAACGAGCGCAUGCGUUUCAGACGCAUAGUUCAGUUCCGGUCACCCCAAACCAAAAGACGCUUUUGACGCAACUGCGGAC